ACAGCUGUUCUGGUAGCUAAUCAUAUGUCACGUUACUUGAACCGCAGUUGCUAUCAUCAUAGGAGGAACUAGUUAGCUUUACAUGCCACACUGAAUAAUCGGUGAAGAAUUGGCAAACAUUCAGUUGAAAUCGGAAUAUUUAACUUCACAGGUAGGAGCUAUCAAGGUAAACAUAACCAUGGAGGAACCAGGUGCUGAUAUAGAGGUGACUGUCAAAACUUUGGACUCCCAGAGCCGAAGUUACACUGUAGGCGGACAGUUGACAGUUAAAGAGUUCAAGGAGCACAUUGCCACUUCAGUUGGGAUUCCUGUGGACAAACAGAGGCUGAUCUACCAGGGCCGAGUCCUGCAGGAUGAGAGGACCCUGACAGAGUACAACGUCGAUGGAAAAGUCAUCCACCUGGUGGAGCGGGCCCCCCCUCAGCCCUCCCAGCCAGGCUCGGGGUCAGGGGGAGCAGAGGCCGGAGCGCCACCCUCCUCUACCACCUCCCAGGGAACGUCCCAAGUGCCCCCACACGACCGCAACGCCAACAGCUAUGUCAUGCUGGGGACCUUCAAUCUCCCCGUUAACGUCAUGGACCCUCAGCAGAUCCAGAUGUCUGUCCAGCAAAUGAUGUCAGGUUUGGGUGAGAAUGCUAGGAAUGCCAGAGUCAGCACCAGCACCGGGAGCAAUGGUUCCAUGAAUGUGCACAUUGAUAUGGACCAAUCGGUGCAGAGUGAGCCCAGGCUGAGACUGCUAUUGGCUGAGAACCUGCUGAGGGACACCAAUGCUCUCAUCGAGAGGAUGGAGGAUCAACCAAGCGGCACCUCAACCCAACCGGAUUCUGCUGCUGCUGCACCACCUCCCUCUUCCUCCUCCUCCACUACCUCUCCUUCCACCCAGCCCAUGGACACAUCUCCACCUUCAUCUACUCCCCCUCCAUCCUUCUCUUCCUCCACUCAAACAGAGGGAGCCGCCCAAGCUGGACCCAAUCACCCCAGCCCAGCAGAGCUGGUGGAGAUGCUGUCAGAGCUGAGGAGGGUGGAGGAGAGGCUUCAGCCAUUCGUCCAGAGAACACACUCUAUCCUAGAGUCUGCUACCACUGCAGAAUACGCCAACACCGAAAGAGAGGAAGAUCAGCGGAUUCUCAACCUGGUGGGGGAGGCCCUUCGUCUCUUGGGCAAUGCCCUGGUUGCCCUUAGUGACCUGCGCUGCAACCUGCUGAGUCCCGCCCCACGCCACCUACACGUGAUCCGGCCAAUGUCUCACUACACCUCCCCAGUGUCCAUGCCUGGAGCCGUGCACCAUCACAUCCCGCUACAUAUGAACCUGGGAGCCACGGUCACAAUGGCGUCCAAUGGCAGACCAGCUACAGACGGACAGGCCCAGCCCAUUCAGACCCCCGGCCAGUCGGACCAGCCAGACUCUGGUGUUCCUCAGGCAGCUGGACAGCCAAAUGUUGCAGGAAUGGGUCAGCCAGGCUUCCAGAUGCCCCCCGGUGUUCAGAUGAACCCAGACUUCAUGCAGUCCAUCGUGCAACAGAUCGCCCAGUACACCGAGGCUGUAGCUGCUGCCACCGGGGGUGCCAUCCCUGGCCAACCCCCCCAGCCUACCCCCCCAGGCUCCACCGCUACCUCUUCCACAACCACCACCGGCCCUAACACCCCCACCACCACCCCCACGGCCCCCCCUCCGCCUUCUCCCGGGGCCCCCCAGGCCAGGGUGGUGUUCACCCGGCCCGCCUUUGCUCCCAGGAUCCCUCCACCCGUCUUUGGCACCCGGGGGGCCACCAUCAACCUGAGGACUAGCGUGCCGCCCAUGAUGGGUCAGCAACCAGGACAGCCCUUCCCUCCUGCUGCCCUCAAUCAGAUGAUCAGUGGACUGGUGGGACAACUCCUGAUGCCUGGACAGAUGGCUGGUCAAACAGCCACCUCCUCUGCCUCUCAUACCUUCUCCACUGCUUCUCAUACCUUCUCCUCAUCCUCCUCCAACUCUUCUUCUUCCUCCUCAUCCUCCUCUGGCCCUAUCCCCACCCCUGCUACUGCCCCUGGCACCACUGUUCCCCCAGGCCAGCCCGGAGCCAUCCCCACCAUGCCCCAGGGAGCCAUCCCCACCAUGCCCCAGGGAGCUCCCCCUGACCUGGCCCAGCUCCUGGGCUCUCUUCUGGGGACCGCAGGGGCAGUUCCUGGGGCCAUGGGACCCUCCAUCACUGUGACUAUGCCUGGAGUGCCCGCCUUCGUCCAGGGAGUGUCUGACUUCAUGCAGGCCUCCGGACCAGUCUUCCCACCACCCCCCAACGGUGCCCCCCAGCCCCCUGCCUCUGGCACCCCCACCCCCCCACCCGGGACCACCCCUAACCCUCCCACGGGGGACGGUGCCGGGGCCCAGGGAGAGGCCUUGAAUCCGGAGUUGUUCACUGGGAUUGUACAGGGCGUCCUGUCCACCAUGAUGGGCUCCCUGGGCUCUCCCCAGAGCAACACUGAGAGCAUCGCCCAGUUCAUCCAGAGGCUCUCUGAGACCAGCAACAUCUUCACACCCGGCACAGGGGACGCCAUGGGUUUCUUUGGAGACCUACUGACCCUGGUGUGUCAGAACUUCUCCAUGGUGGAUCUGGUCUUGCUGCUCCACGGCCAGAACCAGCCCCUGGGCCGCAUCCAGACCCAGCUGUCUCAGUUCUUCACCCAGCACUACCUCAGCGGGAGCGAGCCCACCGACCACAACAUUGCUGCUGCUGCUGAUGGUCUCAUCAAUGAACUUGAGGAGUACAUUACCGAGAGCUUUUCUUCAGUGGCAGUGUUGGAGGGUGUCAACGUCACUCAGACCAACCUGUCCUUCUUCAGACAGCAGUUAACGCGUAUCGCCACACACAUACUCCGCUGCACAGACAACACGUUUGGGCCGCAGCUGCUGCAGAUGUGCAACCAGGGGCUGUUUGAGUGUCUGGCCCUCAACCUGUACUGUCUGAGAGGAGAGCAGAGUGCCCUCACUUCUGUCAUCAACCACCGCAUAAGGACGUUGUCGGCUGACAUGAACCCCAGCCUGGUUAACUGGCUGACCAGUAUGCUGACCAUGAGGCUCCAGGUUAUCCUGGAGCACAUCCCCGUCACAGAGGACCAGAUACUGCAUUAUGCCGUCCACACACAGCAGGGGGAGGCUUCUAAUGCACAGGAGCCUCAACGUGCCCAGAUCAUGGAGAUGGAGGCCAUCCACUCCCCAGCCCCGGCCACCACAGCUGAGGAAGCUAUGGCGUCAUCACAGGAUACUAGGGCAGAACCCAGGGAAACUGGAGCCACCGGAGGGGCUGCGCCAUUGGGUGGCGCCAUGGCAACAGCUGAAGCCAGCGGGAGGGAGGAGCCUGGUAGAGAGACUGAGGCCUGGACUGCUGCCGUCCCUGCUGAGUGGGUACCCAUCAUCAGACAUGACCUGAUCACCCAGAGGAAGAUGAAGGCCCAGCCUCCCAUGUCUGACGCCUAUUUACAUGGGAUGCCUGCCAAACGCAGGAAGACCGGACAGGGGGACGGCGCUCUUCUCUCCCUCUCCGACGCUGUUAGCAGGGCGGCAAGGACGGCCGGAGUCAGGCCAGUCACUUCCCCAGACAACCUGCAGGAGGAGCUUGACAGCCCUGAGCUCCAAGAGGCCUAUGCAGAGCAGGUGAAGAAAGACAUAAAGAAGCGAGUGAGAGAGGACCCAGACUUCAGCUCUCAGCAGUUCCCCAACACACACAGAGCUUUUUCAUCAGACUCAUAACCCAAACACAACUUGUUUUGCAACCCAAUGAAAUUUUACACAUAACCAACCUGUAUACAUCAUCACCAUCCUUCAAUUUUACUUUUGGAUUGCUCAGUAUCACAACUGAAUGCAGUUAAACCUACCAAUUUUUUGUUGUACCAUAGAUACCUUAGCAUCUCCUUUUCACUAAAUUACUGAUUUUAUUUUUCCAGUGCCUGUUUUUUUCCCACCCUCCCCAUCAUGGAACACACUUGAUUUGACAAGUUUGUUUUAACUUUAUUUUAUGGAUGACUUUUACAUUUUAGCUUAACAUCUGCAAUGCUCCGUUUUGUUUAGCGUUACCAUGUCAAUAUUAUCGUGCCUAUACAUCUUACCUGUUUUUUGUUUUUCAUUAGCUUCCCUGAAAAUAAAAAUGGCUUAUUUCAAGAGUAUGCUUUCAUGGGAUGAAAGUAAAUGCUGUUUUGGUACAUGAAUGUAAGUGUGCUGAAUAAAUAACUUGGUACACAA